UCCGCGGGCGCCAGCCCCCAGAGCACGCCACGCCAACGCCAUGCUCAAUACUCAGGAGCGUGCCCAGGUCGCGCAGGUCUGGGACCUGAUCGCGGGACACGAGGCGCCCUUCGGGGCGGAGCUGCUGCUCAGGCUCUUCACUGUGUACCCCAGCACAAAGACCUACUUCAAGCACCUGGGCCCCUUCCCUGACGAGGUGCACCUACUGAGCCACGGAAAACGCAUGCUGGAGGCGGUGGGCGUAGCUGUGCAGCACAUGGACAACCUGCGCUGGGCCAUGAGCCCGCUCGCAGACCUCCACGCGCACGUGCUCCGCGUGGACCCCACCAACUUCCCACUGCUGAUCCAGUGUUUCCAGGUCGUGCUGGCCUCCCACCUGCAGGACGAGUACACGGUGGAGAUGCAAGCGGCGUGGGAUAAGUUCCUGACCGGCUUGGCGGUGGUGCUGACCGAGAAGUACCGCUGAACCCCUGCCCGCUGGCCUAGGUCUGUGCGUGUCAAUAAAGAGGCCUUUUGAGGCAAGAA